AUGUGGCUUAUUUUUUUGCUUUUGCUUGCGGGAUAGGCUCCAAAAUUGGUUCACGCUUUGCUAUUUUUCCCUUUUUUUGUUUUUGUUUUGCGCGGAACAUAUCACCACGAAUUAAAUAUAUAUAUACACACACAAUAUGCCAAGUUCAAAAGUUGCAGCAUUAAAAGAGAUUGAUAGAGUGGCAGGUGAAGUACAAACCGUGCUAGUCACUCGCAUGCAAAAGAAAAUCGAGGGAAACUUGGAACAAAUAUUCGGUCAAGCAGAACAAAACAAGAUUCAGGAAAACUUUGAUAGACUGAUUGAUCUUCACAUGGUCGCUUACACAUCAACAAAAGAAAGUAGACAAGCAACACUGGAUGCUAAAAUCAGCAUGAACGAAAAGCGAGUCGAACUGCAGGAUGUCAUGUACGAAAGAAAACAUAUUUUGGAGGAAAUCGUACAAUGUAGAGACUUUAGAUCUGUCUAUCAAGAUGUUGAACUCAUACCUUUGGACGAAUUCAUGGCAAACGCUGGACCAGAAUAUCACCAAAACUCAGAUAACCCUCACCAGUUGAUGAUCAAUAGAUUAAAAUAUGAACUUGUCAUCCGAGCAGCUUUAAAAGAGCAAAAAGAAGCACUCGAAAUAGAAAGAGCAAAGUUAAUAAAAGAAAAUAGAAAGAUUCAAAAGAAGGUGGAUCGAUUCGACAAGUUAUUAGACGAUUUUGUGUUGUCGGCUGCUCCUGUCGAGGAAGCAUUAGCAACAGAAAGCAAAACAAUAGUUGAAGAGAUGGAAAUCGAAAAUCAUAUUCAUACACCCAAUGGCGAUACCACCAUCAACACCACAGAAAUAAUGGAUACAACCUUGUAAUAAUAAAAAACAGUUGUACAUAAAAAAGAAGGUUUCUCUUUUUUAUUUUCUUCUUCCCUCCAAAAAAAAAAAAAAAAUGGAUUGUUGCGAAUGAUAAAGUAAUGAAAUAAUAAAAAAACAGAGUGUGUGUGUGUAAUGAUGGUUGUUGAUAUAUAUG